UCCGUGGACUUUCUCGCCAUUCAUCUCCCUUCAGCUUAAACUCGAAGCUAAGAAUUAAAAGAAAAAAAAAAGCACAGCUUUUAAAACUUGUUCUAAGCUUUGCUAAUUCUAAAGGAGAAUGGGUAGCUUCACGCUUGGGGAAAUUUCAGGGAUCAGCGAAAAACUGAUCAAGAAAACAUGUUCAAUGGCCAUGGCAGCCCACAAGUCACCGCAAAACCUAUUCGUUGUAGAAAAUUCUCGUACCUCAUCCGAUGUCAUCUUCAGCUUCCCUGGAUCCUGGUCUGCGGGUCACUGGUUCACUCGUCAACCUUUCGGCGAAAUCAAGGUUGAUCAGUCCGACUUGUUUUGCCCAAAGGGCAACGACAAAGUUGCCACAUCUCUUAGAAGUAUCGGUCGUGAUGAACUUGCAACUGUUAAUGAAGGGUUUCUGAGAAGAUUUGAGACGAUUUUGGGUACUUCUUCACUUCAAGCUGAGGUAGAAAAAGCUAUCAUGGAGAAGAAGAAGGUAGUUUUUACUGGACAUGCUUCUGGUGGUGCUGUUGCUAUCCUUGCCACAGUUUGGUACCUGGAGCAGUACUUGAAACCCGAGAAAACUUCGAUGCCGCCUCUUUGUGUGACGUUCGGAUCGCCUCUUGUCGGUGAUUUCAUCUUCAACCAUGCUCUUACGAGAGAGAAUUGGUCGCAGUAUUUCCUUCAUUUUGUGAUGAGAUAUGAUAUUGUCCCUCGGAUUUUGCUUGCCCCUUUGUCUUCCAUGGGGCAGGAACUAGAGCAGAUCUUUUCUCUGUUGAACCAAAAGGCAAUGUUUCCGAUUCAGGGAACGAUUGUAGAAGCAUCGAAGUUCUACGAAACGGUGAUGAGAAAUGCAUCAGCCGUUGCCAGCCAUGCUGCCUGCAGACUAAUGGGAAACACAAAUCCCAUUUUGGAGACAGUAUCAAGCUUCAUUGAGCUAAGCCCUUAUAGGCCCUGUGGAACAUUUGUCUUCUGCUCUGGACAUAGGAAGCUGGUUUCGGUACGAAAUGCGGAUGCUGUUUUGCAAUUACUGUUCUACUCUUCUCAGCUGCGCUCCGAGAAUGAACUUAAAUCCGUCGCUGAGAGAAGCCUCGACGACCACUUCAAUUAUCUAAGUGAGCUUCUAGAAAGCUUAAACAAGCCACUUGUUCAAUUAGAUCAUUUGGAAGCGCUUCCACUCUCUUCAAAUGGCAUAACUGCUGAGAAUAUUGUAACAAACAUGGCCUUAAAUGACCUUGGCUUGAGCGCUAGAGCCAGGUUGUGUCUUCGGGCUGCAGGAGAGCACAAAAAGCAAAAACUAAGUAACCAACAAAGAAUGGAUAGUAAGAAGAAGGACAUCGAAUCGGGACUUCGCGCACUGGAAGAGUACAAGACCAAAUCUGCUUUGUGCAAUGUGGGCUAUUAUGAAGCUUUUAAGAUUUCAAAAGAAGAGGAUGAUUUCAAAGCAAAUGUAAAGAGGCUGGAACUAACAGGAAUAUGGGAUGAGAUUAUUGAAAUGCUGAAUAGGUAUGAACUCCCUGAAGGAUUUGAGAGCCGAAAAGACUGGAUAGAGCUUGCAAUAAAGUACCGCCGGAUUGUUGAACCUUUGGACAUUGCCAACUACUAUCGACAUGCAAAGAACGAGGACACCGGACCCUAUAUGCACAAAGGCAGACCAAGGCGCUACAAAUACACCCAAAGAUGGCGUGAGCAUGCCUUGAGGAUGCCUGUGGGAUCAAGCGCUGAAUCCUGCUUCUGGGCCGAGGUAGAGGAGCUGCUUCUCUAUAGGACUACCAACCCUGGAGCAUUUGAAGAUAUCAGGGAAAGGAUUAUAAAUCUGGAAAGAAAGUUGGAGGAAUGGUUCCGUGGUAAUCAAAUAAGCAAUGACGUGUUUUUGAAAGGCUCCGCUUUAACCAAAUGGUGGAUAACACUUCCUCACCAACACAAAUCCACAUCUCGAAUCCAGGGAUUAAUCAACAUCUGAGCUGAGAAAGCUAUUCUGUUUAUUGUAUGGCUUGAAGAAACCGAUAAACAAGUGUUGGUGACUGGUCUGGCCGCUCAUUAACAGAAAGUUGUUUCAUUUGAUGCUUGAUAUAAGCAGCUAUGGUGUGUACAGCCAUGUAGUUGUUUUGGAAGUGGUAUGUGGAGAUAGCUACCAGAGAUGGCGACGGAAAAGGAGGAAGAGCAAGUAUUGAUUAAUAGGGUGGGAGGGGUCGUAUGGAGAACGAGGGAGAUUUCAUAAUAUUGAAGCAAUCAUUAAUGUCUUUGUUUGGAACCUUGAAAUUUGCUGCUAUGUCUGUUCUAGCUUGUGACUCGUUUUGUUUCUGGUGUUUGCACAUGCGUUUCGAAUACUUAUGCUUAGUCUUUUAAACUUCUUUGCAUUCACGAUUUCAUCUCUUUUUCAUU